UAGUCGUCACUACGAUGGCGCGUCGGCCCACGUGUUGCGCAGGCGACUCGAAAUGCCAGUUGUGUUUUGAAUCUGGUCGCCGGCGGUCGUUUGGAUUCUUCCCCACAGCUUCGUCACCAUGAACGAUAUUCUACGCAAUCAGUUAGAAACCGACGGCUACGUCGUCCUGGAGGACUUUCUCCGUGCAGCGGAGUGCGACGAGCUCAAGUCCGCAGGAGUGGAGCUCACGAAAGCCAUACCCGAUGGCCAGGAUCGAAUCGUCUUCUCCACCAAGGAAGCGAUGAAACCGCAACUCCGCGACGAGUACUUCCUGAACAGCAACGACAAAAUCCGCUACUUCUUCGAGGAAGGCGCCCUCGACGAGACCGGGAAGCUGACGGUGGACCCCAGCGUGUCCUUGAACAAGGUCGGCCACGCCCUUCACCUGCUGCAUCCAAUCUUCCGUUGCUACACGUACAGCGACCGCGUGAAGAGUGUCUGCCACCAGCUCGGCUUCAAGGAACCCGCAGUGGUGCAGAGCAUGUACAUCUACAAGAAUCCACGACUGGGAGGCGAAGUGGUGCCCCACCAAGAUGCGACCUACCUACACACGGAUCCUGUCCCUCCAGUCGGUUUCUGGAUCGCCCUGGAGGAUGCCACAGUCCAAAACGGCUGCCUGUGGAUGGCUCCAGGGUCCCACAUGUCCGGGGUCCACCGGAGACUGACGCGGAACCAAGAAAAGGACGGUAAAACUGCGUUGGUGUAUGACAAACCAGCUGCCGUGUAUCCUGAGUCCAGUUUCAUACCAGUUCCAGUCAGUAAAGGAACAUGCAUCCUCAUUCACGGCAACGUGGUGCACAAAAGUGCCCCAAACCGCUCCUCCGCCAGCCGACACGCGUACACCUUCCAUGUCGUGGAGAAGGAUAAAAACCUGUACUCUCCCGACAACUGGCUGCAGGAAGGGCCCGCUGCGCCCUUCGUCAACGUUUACACCACGCCGCAAAUCGUUUGAGACAUUAACGUUCUUCAAAGGCCAAUGUGGCUACAUAUAUAUUUAGAAUAAUAAAGUAACAGUGUGCCAAUGUUAUUAGUUUUCGGGAAUAACAACAUAUCGGGUGGUGUGGGCCGCUGAUUGAAUUGAACAUUAGCUAUUGUCCGUGACAUCGCUCACGGAUUUUCGCCUACGUCAAUAUUCAUCUUUGAGGUGAUAUUUCAAAAAUCACCUCAAUUCAAUGCUCCUUAUUAUAACAAAUGUUUUUAUGAUUUAAUGAGUAUGGAGUCACUUGAUCUUUUUAAUCAUCUAUAAAAUCAGGCAUUAUAUAAUACAAUUAUUCGGUAUACGACAAACCGUGAUUGAGUGACAAUUGAUAUUCUUUUUCAUAACUUUACUGAUAUCUGCAAAAGGAAACGUUACACAGUAGGAAAAUGAAUAACAUUGACGACUGCUCGGGGCUCGCAUGCCUCAUAAGAAAUACAAGCACUUUACUGCAAAUCUAUUUUUUAUAUUAUAUAUUAGUAGGAUAAGUAUGUACGCCACUCCAUUCUGUUGAAAUAAAACUAGCAAUGAUUGAUCAAUCUCCAAAGUAUGCUUCUUUGUAUUACAGGACACUAACCGAAUGGUGUUUUAGACCUAUCUUUAUAUAAUAAUAAUUUUUAUCUUGAUCUUAUCUGAAUAAUGAUGUGACACAUUUACGGCGACAAAAAUAAUUUCUUCUAUUAGGUACCUAAUAAUGAAAAGUAACCUGAAUUUGUAAUAAAAAACAAUAGUUGAAAAAAAUAAAAUGUUGAGUCGACAACGAAAUGGUACGUAAUCACACCAUGUAAUUUGAGAAAAUUGAGAUUCUAAUGCGAAAAUAAUUAAAUUGUGUUUUGCGUUCCAAGAAACGCCUACUUGGAGGGAAGAUUUCACAGAAUUGAGAAUAUUUUUAAUAAUAGAAGUGACAUUAAUUAUUCGUCGAUGCGGCCUGCCUUUUGUCGAAUUUUCAUAUAAAGAAUGAGGUAAUAUACUGGGAACUUUACGCAAAAAAGACAUAGGUUAAUAGU